CCCCUGCACACACCUCGUAUCACCAGAGACACAGAGAGAGAUUCACACAGAGGUCAAACCCCCUACUACGACCCAGCCAGCCAGCCUGGAGAAGAGGUCAAAGGUCAGCCAGCAGGAAGCAGAACCCUCACUCUGCCGUUUUCUCCUCCUUUCUGCAGCGACGACCUUCCUCCAGACUCACCCUCGGGUGAAGAGGGAAAGAGAGAGGGAGAAGAGGAGCUCCAGCCUGAGCUCCAAGCCCAGCCCCAACCUGAACCCCAGCCUCAGCCUAAACCCGAGGGCACGAGCGUGGGCGAAACACAGCAGGAGGUCACCCCCACAGCCUCCCGCUCACCUAGCGGACAGGAACUCGAGCAGGAGGAGGGAGAGCGAGGAGAUAAGGAGGAGGAGGAGAUAAAGCAGAAAGAGGUGGUGGAUUCGCAGCAGGAGCAGCGGCAUGAGGGAGAGGCAGCAGUAGAGGCUGAGGUGGAGGAGGAGGAGGAGGAAGAGGAUGGGGCAGAGGCCCGGGGGGGAGCGGCGGGGAGGAGGGCCAGCCUGCACCACACAGCUUCCCCCAUGAGGGUGCAGCGCAACGGGGCCUGCUCGCACUCUGCCACCUCCGACUACGAGCUCUCGCUCGACCUCAAAAACAAGCAGAUCGAAAUGUUAGAGCACAAAUACGGCGGCCACCUCAUCUCCCGCCGCGCUGCCACCAAGAUCCAGACCGCCUUCCGCCAGUACCAGCUCAGCAAGAACUUCGAGAAGAUACGCAACUCCCUGCUGGAGAGUCGCCUGCCGCGGCGCAUCUCCAUGCGCAAGGUGCGCGUGCAGAACGCUGAGGGCUUCUCCGCCGAGCGGGCGCUGGCCGAAGGCUGCAGUCUGGCGGGUAUCCCCCUGGUGCGCUCGCCAUCACUGCCCGCCACAGUGGGCGGCACCCUGACCGACCUGGAGGACUCAUUCACAGAGCAGGUGCAGUCGCUGGCAAAGUCCAUCGACGACGCACUCAGCAACUGGAGCCUGAAGACCAUGUGCUCCCUACAGGAAGGAGGGGCCUACCAGUUCAGUGCCGAGUCCUUCAGUGCGGCUGGGGGAGGAGGGGAAGUGGGAGGAGGAGGGUUGGACCAGGCUUUUCUCCAGAGCAUGUCAGGUGGGGAGAAUACAGGCGACCUGCCCCGCAGCGCCAGCAAGCUGCUGAUGGCAUUCCGCGACGUGACCGUUCAGAUCGACAAUCAGAACUUCCGCAUGUCCUCCUCCGUCAUGGAGUCAUCGGCCUCUGUCUCCAUGGGCAACUGCGUCCAGCAGCAGCAGGGAGGCGCAGCCACCACCCCCACCAUGCCCACCGCUCCUCCGCCACCACCCCCUAAAAUACACUCCCCUCCCCCUGAAGAGGUCCCUGCCGAACCCACAGACCCUCCUGUCCCUCCCUACGAGCCCCCUCCGCCCCCAGAACCAGUGGUAGAAGGAGAGGGGCAGGACGCCGACUUCCCUGCGCCCCCGCCCAGUGAAGAGGAGCUAGAAGAGGAGGAGGGCCAGCAACCCCCCUUGACCCCCCUGGACAAACUAGCCAACCCCCAGACCCCGGAGGUGGUUGUCCAGCCCGUCCAGCCACUUCAACCUCAGGAUGGUGCACCCUCGGUGGGAUCCCCAUCCACCGAGGCCCUGGAGGCCAAACGGAGCGGCUCGGAGACGGCUGAAACCAGUUCUGAGCAGAUAAGCAGCAGCAACAGCACUUCCACGGAGGCGCGCUCGGCAUCGGAGGCCUCAUCCAAGGAGGCCCUGCAGGCCAUGAUCCUCAGCCUGCCGCGCUACCACUGCGAGAACCCGGCCAGCUGCAAGUCGCCCACACUCUCCACCGACGUCAUGCGCAAGCGCCUCUACCGCAUCGGCCUCAACCUUUUCAAUGUGUGAGUACCCAACUAUUCCCUCCUCACCCAGACUGGGUUUGUGAAAGAAAUAUCGUGGACAUUAGGUGAUGAUGCUAUUGCUAACAUCUAGCCAGUGAUCAGCGAAUGGGAGUGAACUGACAAAAAUGAAUCCAUGGACAAACAAUGCUCUUCAUGACACACACACACACGCAUAAGGGUGGGGGUUUACAGUCAUGGAUCUCACCAUGAGACAGCACUUUAUUACAAGCAGGCUUAAAAAAAAUAUGAGAAAAGAAAGACCUCUUCAGUUCUCCCAAUUUAACAAAGGGAAGUAUCUUCUGUACGUUUCUCAAUGAUUUUCACUGCUCUCAGCUUGCAUCUCUCUCUUUCUCUCUGCCUCUCUCUCUUUCUGACUAUACAUAUCAUUCUCUAUUUACAUCUCUCACACUAAACAUAUCUUUCUCUAUUUACACCAUCUCUCUCUCUCCGCCCUUUUCCUCCCCCUCUCUCUCCCUCCCUGCAGCUGUGGUUAUCCGCCUCUGUUCUGCAGAGCGCCUGUCACCUUCUGUUUGUCUUUGCGCCCAGAAAUAGCUUCUCUCUUUUAUCUGCGGCUGGCUCCUCUCCCCUUAUAUGGUCCGUAUCCACAUAACCCGAGAUAAGCCUGGAGAGGGAGAAACUGUAUACCAUGAUCCCCAGAUUAGAAUACCACAGAUGUAGUCAUUAAAGGACGUCUCUAUAUUGUCCUCUAAUAGUUGGUUUAAGCACGGAGCAUCUGUGAACCUCCCAGAACGAGAGGGCGAGAGAGUGUGAGGGAGAAGGGGGUGGGGAGAGGGGGAUAAGGAGAUUGGGAGAGAGCUGCAGAAACGGCCUCCACGUAAAAGCUCACAUGCUGCAGCAUCAUCACAGCAGACACACACAGCUUCUCACUACUGACAUGGGACUACUGCACCCAUAGCAUUAUCAGCUAGCUAGAGAGCUCUUGUUGCUUAUGGUUAGUUGACACUUUACCACAAUAUAAGUUGGAGAGGGAAACGUUGAAUUGCUUGUGCAGUGUUAGCUGGUUUCUGACCUGAGAUGUCCUUCCAUUCGUUCUGGACAGACAGACACACACACACACACACACACACACACACACGCACACACGCACACACUCACACACGCACACACACACACACACACACACACACACACACACACACACACACACACACACACACACACACACACACACACACAAUUAUAUACACACACACAAAUACACUGCAUUCGGAAAGUAUUCAGACCCAUUUUUUCCCACAUUUUGUUAUGUUACAACCUUAUUCAAAAAUGGAUUUAAUACAUUUUUGUUCCUCAUCAAUCUACACUCAAUAACCCAUUAUGACAAAGCGAAAAUUUUGGACAUUCAGACCCUUUGCUAUGAGACUCGAAAUUGAGCUCAGUUGCAUCCUGUUUCCAUAGAUCAUCCUUGAGAUGUUUCUACAACUUGAUUGGAGUCCACCUGUGGUAAAUUAUAUUUAUUGGACAUGAUUUGGAAAGGCACACACCUGUCUAUAUAAGGUCCCACAGUUGACAGUGCACGUCAAAGCAAAAACCAAGCCAUGUCGAAGGAAUUGUUUGUCGAGCUCCGAGACAGGAUCGUUUCGAGGCACAGAUCUGAAAGGGUACCAAAACAUUUCUGCAGCCUUGACGGUCCCCAAGAACACAGUGGCCUCCAUCAUUCUAAAAUUUAAGAAGUUUGGAACCGCCUGCUUGUCCAAACUGAGCAAUUGGGGGAGAAGGACCUUGGUCAGGGAGGUGGCCAAGAACCAAGUGGUCACUCUGACAGAGCUCUAGAGAUCCUCUGUGGAGCUGGGAGAACCUUCCAGAAGGACAAAAAUCCUUGCAGCACUCCACCAAUCAGGCCUUUAUGGUAGAGUGGCCAGACAGAAGCCACUCCUCAGUAAAAGGCACAUGACAGCCUGCUUGGAGUUCGCCAAAAGGCACCUAAAGAACUCUCAGACCUUGAGAAACAAGAUUCUCUGGUCAGAUGAAACCAAGAUUAAACUCUUUGGUUGAAUGCCAAGCGCCAUGUCUGGAGGAAACCUGGCACGGAGGAAACCUGGCACCAUCCCUACGGUGAAGCAUGGUGGUGGCAGCAUCAUGCUGUGGGGAUGUUUUUCAGCGGCAGGGACUUGGAGACUAGUCAGGAUUGAAGCAAAGAUGAAAGGAGCAAAGUACAGAGAGAUCCUUGAUGAAAACCUGCUCCUGACUGCUCAGGACCUCAGACUGGGUCGAAGGUUUCAACAGGACAACAACCCUAAGCACACAGCCAAGACAACGCAGGAGUGGCUUUCGGACAAGUCUCUGAAUGUCCUUGAGUGACCCAGCCAGAUCCUGGACUUGAACCCAAUCGAACAUCUCUGGAGAGACCUGAAAAUAGCUCUGCAGCGACGCUCCCCAUCCAACCUGACAGAGCUUGAGGGGAUCUGCAGAGAAGAAUGGGAGAAACUCCCCAAAUACAGGUGUCAAAUCAAAUGUUAUUAGUCACAUACGCCGAAUACAACAGGUGUAGACCUUACAGUGAAAUGCUUACUUACGAGCCCCUAACCAACAAUGCCAUUUAAAAAAGUACGGAUAAGAAUAAGAAAUAAAAGUAUCAAGUAAUUAAAGAGCAGCAGUAAAAUAACAAUAGCGAGACUAUAUACAGGGGGGGUUCCGGUACAGAGUCAAUGUGUGGGGGCACUGGUUAGAUGAGGUAAUAUGUACAUGUAUGUAGAGUUAUUAAGUGACUGCAUAGAUGAUAACAACAGAAAGUAGCAGCGGUGUGUAAAAAAAAAAGGGGGGGGGGGGCAAUGAAAAUAGUCUGGAUAGCCAUUUGAUUAGAUGUUCAGGAGUCUUAUGGCUUGGGGAUAGAAGCUGUUUAGAAGCAUGCCAAGCUUGUAGCGUCAUAACCAAGUAGACUCAAGGCUGUAAUCGCUGCCAAAGGUGCUUCAACAAAGUACUGAGUAAAGGGUCUGAAUACAUAUGUAAAUGUAAUAUUUCAUUUUUUUUUAUCUUAGCAAAAUUGCUAAAAAAACUGUUUUUGCUUUGUCAUUAUGGGGUAUUGUGUGUCGAUUGAUGAGGAAAAAAAACAAUUGAAUACAUUUUAGAAUAAGGUAACGUAACAAAAUGUGGAAUAAGUCAAGGGGUCUGAAUACUUCCCAAAUGCACUGUACCCACACACACACCCACACCCACACAAAUACACACACACACACACACACACACACACACACACACACACACACACACACACACACCACACACACACCACACACACACACACACACACACACACACACACACACACACACACACACACACACACAAAUACACACACGUGCAAAUAUACAUACACACACACACACACACACUAAGUGCGGGUGUCUUUGUAAAAAACCCACGUGAGAUCAGAAGGCUUUAAUGGGGCUCUCCGGACAGACUAAAAGAGCUGGACCAGCACUUUCUCUGCUGCUUGAGAAGGAGGGAACAGGAUGAAGAGGUGUCUAGGGCUCCUCUCAUUUACACUCCCAGAGAGAGGGACAAAGCACGAGAGAGGGAAUGAGAGGCGGACAAAGCACGAGAGAGUGAAUGAGAGAGGGACAAAGCACGAGAGAGUGAAUGAGAGAGGGACAAAGCACGAGAGAGAGAAUGAGAGAGGGAGAAAGAACGAGAGAGCGAAUGAGAGAGGGAGAAAGAACGAGAGAGAGAAUGAGAGGGGGAGAAAGAACGAGAGAGAGAAUGAGAGAGGGAGAAAGAACGAGAGAGAGAAUGAGAGAGGGAGAAAGAACGAGAGAGAGAAUGAGAGGGGGAGAGAGAAUGAGAGGGGGAGAAAGAACGAGAGAGAGAAUGAGAGGGGGAGAAAGAACGAGAGAGAGAAUGAGAGAUUACAGAAUGUGGGAUAGAAUGAAAAGAGUGAAAUUAAAAUGUGAACUAAUGAUAGAAUGAGAAUGACAGAGGAAAGAAUGAAACAACUUAUAUGGAAGGAGUGGGAUAAAAAGAGAGGGGGAGAGAAAGAGGCACAUUUUCAAAUAAUCUUUCGUAGAUUUACAUCCUCUCGCCUCUCCUUCUCAAAACGCAUAGGAAAGACUAAAUGAGAUAAAUCCAGAGAGAGAGAGCGAGAGAGAUAGAGAGGCGAGAGAGAUAGAGAGGCGAGAGAGAUAGAGAGAGAGGCGAGAGAGAUAGAGAGAUAGAGAGAGAACAGUAUUUGCAAGGUUGUUCUGAGUUUACUCAUCUGAAACUAUUCCCAGCUCCUUGUUUAUAAUUCAUGUUAUUUAGAUGAAAAUUCUGAUGGAUGUUUAAAGCGAUUUCAGUUCCAUAGAUCGUAUGAAAAUCCUAUAUUCCCCCAACUGAUGUCUUUUAAAGGUAUACGGGUAACACAAAGAUGAUCCUAGGCAUACAUUUAAAGCACAUUAAUUCAUGAAAUAUAUGCAUGCACCCAACUAUACUAAUCUAACAUACAUUUUGUGAUUACUCAUAAAAUAGCCUUUUCUGUAUUUUGCACCUCCUACCGUUAUUAUAUAAUACUGAAUACAAAUAGAUUACAGAAGAUAAGCAUGCUUGGCAACUGUGACCAAACAUCUCCCUUUUGAAUCCGUGUUCAAAUCCUCCUUCAAGAAUAAUUCAGUCAUAUGCUGACGAGAUCUCUGGUAUCAAAGCUGUGUUAACACAAAUCGAGUGUGAAUUAUCAUGCAUUUAAUAUAUGAUAAUAUUGAAGUUCUUGCAGGAUAUUUCCAUAUAACACUAUCUCUGCAUUGCCCAUCUACAUGAGACUCAAGUCAUUAGCAAGUUUGAGAUUCCCAGUUACUACCGGUGUUAUAGGGUAGUGUGCAGAAGAAUUCAGGAUCUUUGGCAGAGUAAAAGAACCCCCUCCUGUUAUAUGCUUUUAAUUCAGUAGCACUGAACACUUCCCUCUGCAUUCAACUCAGCAACCAUACCCACUCCUCAGCUCAGCCUCACCUCCCAUGCAGCAGAAGAGACAUUUUCCAUUUCAAUUCUGCUGCUGUUACCUUUUGACUGCUCAGUUCGUUUUAGAAUUCAAUUGCCGUUCUGCCAUUCACUCUGCCUAGUGAAAAGUGACUAAGUCAAGCCCAGAUAAGGACUCCCAAGACAAGUGUCAGACAGAUGCAUGAUGGGUACA